UUAUAUUUUUCUUGAAUUUAAACUAUAAAAUUUAAGAGCUAUAAUGAAAAUUCUUUUUUUAUAUUUAUGACAAUUCUCUUUCAUUGUUUUUACGAUAGAAAGACUAUUGUUUCAAAUGAUUUAUCUUAUUCAAAUCCUCAGUGCACUAUAUAACGAAAAUAAAAAUAAAUUGUCGGCUAAUUUCGUUUACAAGGAAAUCGAAACUUAAUUUAGCAGCAGACAGGAAUUCCUUAGAAAAUUAUUUCCUUAUCUACUUAUCGAAGGACACAGUAAUUCAUGAUACAAUAAAAGUCUAAAAAAGAAGGAAGACACUUUGAAAAAUGUUUAUUUUCUGUAUGCCCAAAAAAUAAUAAAAAAUAUCGAUUCUUUAUCAAGGAAAAAUAGUAAAGAUCUAUUUUCUCGUUCGAGGAUCGCCAUUAACACCGAUAUGUGUGUACGAGGUCGUCGAUUGAAAUUCAACUGCCUUCGCGUAUCAUCGUUGGAAGUCCGGGAACGAAACUUCCGGAUAUUUCAUCAAAGGAAAAAGAAGGGGAAGGACCUUGUAAGAGUUCUGUAAGGAACUCGUGAUAUAAACGACAAGUGAGGCUAACCCAGACUUGCUAUGGAACGUUCUUUAUUUCCCUCUUCGUUUUAUUUGUCAAUGACAGAUACAGAGAAGUGAAACGUAUGAUAAGAUCUGAAUCAGGAAGAAGAAUACAAUCCCAUCAAACAUCGUGCACCAAAAGCAAUGAUGUCAUAUUUCAUUGCGUUGCUGCAUCUAUUCAAAUGUUCUUUGGGCAACGGUAUAUUUUUUUUGCCAUAUGGAUAGAAGAUAUAGAAGAAUUGGUUACAUUGUGGCAAUAUUUUGUGGUUUCAUUGUACAUGCACACGAUUUAUACAUUGAGGAAAGGCCGUGCCGUAUUUACAAAGCUUAGCCCAUUGUGGAAAUCGCGGCAACAAUAGCUAGAUACAGGCAAUGCACGUCUGAAAACGAGUUCUCUGAACAGGUGCAAUGCUCUCAGAUAUUGUGCAGGCGCAAUCCGAUGUGUACCGAUGUUGGAUUUCGCCAAAACAGCGGAGGCCUCGUUUCUCAGUGGUCCACCGAAGAUUCAAAAGUAUGGGAGAACGUUCUUGAUUAAUGUGAUCGUUUGCCUCGUACAUUUCCAGGGCACCGCGAUAUCCAUCCUUUAUGCAUCCACUUUGUUCCAGCAAAUUGGAAACUUUCACUCAACUUGCUACCAAUCCCUACGUUCUGCAACGUUAUUCCUGUACGCUCUGCACAACGUGACCAUGACCAUGCCGCUCGAGAACAGGAUGAGGACUCCGCACAACUUGCAACGAAUGUUAAUACUCAAUGUAUCGUUUAAUGUCUUUAUUGUACACGACAUUCGGGUUCCUCGGUUACAACAAAUGCAUGCACGAUGUCUACGACACUGUAGUCAAGAAUCUAGUCAAGAAUCCGUCGACGUACCAUAUGCGAAGAUUAGAUCAAUCUUUAUCUUUUUGAAAAAUUUUACAUUGAUGAAAUUUAAGACCAGUGUUAUUUUAAUUCAAUCUUUGAAGUGAAAUUUUAAUUGCAUCAGAAAUAUUUGAGAUGAUGUGUUUAAGUGAAAUAUUCAAAAAAUAUUCAAAAAAAUAUAAUGAUGUUAAUAUGUAAUGAUGAAAGAUGUAUAAUGAAUUUUUCUCUGAACACGUUGUUGAUUAAUUACUUUGUAUUAAGAACUAAGAACUAGUUAUUGUGCAACUAGUCAUUAUUACUUUAGUAAAAAGAUUGAUUAAAUUUUGAUAUAAUUUAAU